UUGUGCCGCUGCAGUGACGGUGCCUAGGUGCGAGGGGAUCCCAGUCAUGUCUGGCCGCGGAAAGCAAGGGGGGAAAGUGCGGGCCAAGGCCAAGUCUCGCUCCUCUCGGGCUGGGCUGCAGUUCCCAGUCGGGCGUGUGCACCGCCUGCUGCGCAAGGGGAACUACGCGGAGCGAGUGGGAGCCGGCGCCCCGGUGUACCUGGCCGCGGUGAUGGAGUAUCUGACCGCUGAGAUCCUGGAGCUGGCUGGCAACGCCGCCCGGGACAACAAGAAAACCCGCAUCAUCCCCCGGCACUUGCAGCUGGCCGUGCGCAACGACGAGGAGCUGAACAAGCUGCUAGGGGGAGUCACCAUCGCGCAGGGGGGCGUCCUGCCCAACAUCCAGGCGGUGCUGCUGCCCAAGAAAACCGAGAGCCACAAAGCCAAGGGCAAGUGAGCGCCGCUGCCAACCCCCGAAACCAAAGGCUCUUUUAAGAGCCACCCACAAUUU